AUCCCGCCCUUGGCCAUCCCUCUCUCCCUUCGGCUGCUCCUAAAUUAAGCGAACCUGCUUCUGCCAAGCUCGCCCAUUCGCUCACUUGAUAUAAUAUAUAUAUAUAUUUUGACAUUCCUUUGAAGAAAUUAUUUGAGUCUCCCCUUUGAACGGAACUCGCACCACACAUCGGCACAAGCAAACCGGAACGAAGGUCCGACGAGCCAGAAAGUAGCACGAUGCAUUUGCCCGAUAACCUGUCCUCCACCAGGAGUCUGUGUAUAGCAGCCCUCUACGCCACUGCAACUCUAGCCUCCAUCACUCCACCUCCCGGCUUCCCGGCCUCUGUCCAGCCGCAACAGGCCCCAGGCACGCCGGCCUCCACCCCGCCUCCAGUCAAACCUCAAGCUGUUGGCACGCCUCCCCCUCCUGCUCCUAUCCCACCCGCAAAUCUUCCCUGCGUCGCUCAGAAUCUAACCGCUGACACCUGGAACCGGCUGCAAAUUGACAAGUAUCUGGCCACUUAUCCCGGCGGUCAGAGUCUCACACUAUCACAAUAUGCAGACUCGAAAGGCGCCCAAAACUUCCGCUGCGGGAUCGAGGAAUUCUGCUCGAGUGGUCAGAUAUGUAAUCCGGUGCCUGCGCCCGAUUGGUACGUCCUCCUCGCCGCCCAGGAAUGGAACAAUUGCAUGAACUCGGUCUUCAAGGCCGUCCAUUUCGCUGUCAACACCGUCCAAGGUACGCUUGCGCUCAUGGUCACCGGAUUAGCCGAGCAAAACAUCCACGCCCACGAGAUCGCCUUCGGCGUCGGAGCGUUAACAUCUCUGCUAGCAUCGGCGGCCGCAAUCGUCGGCCUUGCCGCCGCCACGCUCUUCCUCGCCGGGUUUGUGUUUGCGUUGGCUCCGAUCGCCCUGGGUGCCGGAGCGGUCGCGUUGGUCUCAACUCAAGUGGCUCCUCUGGCCUUUGGAGCAAGUUCUCUGUUAGCCAACAAGCCCGAAGACAAGAAAAGCUUCAUCAAGUGGGCUUCAGUCGGUAACAUGUUCUCGCAAUGGGAGAUCCACAUGCAAUCCAUGAUCACCAACACCACCCAAACGGUCAUCAACUCUCCGAUCAGCUCGAACGCCGGAAUCAGCUCCGUCCUCCGAAACGGCGUCUUCUUGUUCGACACCCAAACCAAGUCCACCUCCGAGCUCCAAAUCGACUACGAAACCGUCCUGCAAGCUAGGUCCCUUAACUUGGUCCUCCGAGCUAUGGGUGCCUUUGUGACCAGAGGCAGUGACAAAUGCAAUUCGAAAGGCCCCAACGGAGCCUGGGGCGACGAAGGAACGCUGUCGUACUGCGGCCCAGACAAAGUAAUGAUGAACAUCGUGCUGGCGCAUGGCGAUAAGACUAAGAACAAGAUCCAGAACGCCAAAUAUAUCGCGACCAAAUUUGGAUUCACUACCGAAUAUAUCGUCACCCAAUCGUGGAACUGUCAGCAGAAAUACCAGCAGUUCGAGUUCGAUCCGUACCGUGAUGCGCCGUUGCCCUCGGAUGCCAAUGCGGACUGUGUGAUGAACCUGCCUGUUUGCGACCUGACUGACCAGAGAAUCGACCAAGCCCGUCACGGAAAACACCACCACACGACCAAGGCUUGCAGGACCCAGGGCGGCCUCCCUAUCUGAUCGACCACUGACAUUCUCACCCCUCUUGCACACUCUUCUUCGCGUCCAAUCCUCCCUCCCUUUCGAGGUCGACGAGCAUUCCUCAUUUAUAUUCAUAUAUAUAUAUAUAUAUAUAUAUAUGUCCUUGUUAAUCUUUUCUUGUCUUCUCCUUCUCCUGUUGCUUUGCUAUUCUUCUUCUUCUUCUUCUUCUCCUUCUUCUGCUUUGUUUU